AUGUCAGCUGAGCGCGGCAACCUUCCCUCCAUCGGCCCAAAGCUCCACAGUGGCUGGGGCACGCAUACCGCAAAACGCAAGGAUCAGGUGCAAAUAUGGAGCGCUGUUGCGCUACAGCAACACUUCGCACGUGGAGCGUUAGUGAGCUCCACGUUCCCCACGUUAGAGGCGGCACCGCCGCCAAUGCCUGGAGGCCGACUGACGCUGGCGCAGAAAAUGGGCCUCGUCCCGCUUCCGCCGCCCGCCCCAACAGAGGAGGAAUGGACGCGGAUUGAGGGCACCGCACUGCGCCGCAACCACGCAGUACCGCUCGGCGCCAAUAGUUGUUGCAUUUGCCAGGAGGCCUUCUACGCCACAAUGGAGCAGGGGCAGGUGCUGCUUAGCUGCUCGCACGUAUUCCAUGAGCAGUGCUUUCGCCACUUCGAGAAGUUUGCGCGGUGGUCGCGUGGGAAAAAUGAUGCAACGCCACUGAGCUGCCCUGUCUGCCGAAGCGGCCACUACCACAAGCGUCUGUUCUACGCAGGCAAGGCAAUGGCACAGCGGGCUGCUAUUGUGAAGAUACAGGCCUUCUUCCGCCGCGUCCUUGCACGGAAGGCGUACGUGAAGCUGCGUCUAGAGCAUGAUAGCGAUUUCUGUGGCGAGUACGCGCAUGAACGUCUCACGCGAUUGUCUGACGCGUACGCUGCCUACGCUGAGGCUCGCGAGAAGGAGCAGGCCCGCAUGCUGGAGAAUAUGGACCUGCGACUGCAGCGCGCCCUCGCCGAGUGUACGACACGCGAGGAGUGGGGCAUGAUUCGAAAGCGUGUAGAGGUAGAAGCAGCGGAGGGCGCGUUGGAGUGUCCCAUCUGCCUGAGCGCCAUUGAGCACAACCCUAACAGUGAGGAUGUUCGCAAGGCUACGACGGGAGAGGAAAUUGUCGCGGCGUUUCGACGCGAAUAUGAGGAGCGUGUGGCGCAGCGCAAAGCCUCUGAGAGAAAGAGUAAAAAACCUUCGGUGGCGGUACCGCAGCGCCGCAGUACCGUCAGGACACAACGAGCGCCGACCACUCAUCCGUCAGCGGCCCCGUCAACCACAGUAACAAGUAGCAAGUGUGGGACGAGAACCGAGGAGGCAUCCACGACGGUGUCGAGUGCGCCGCGCUACGGCCUGCUUCUGAGUUGUGGGCACUGCUUCCAUGGCGUGUGUCUUUCGGUGUUUGAGAGGUACUCUGAGAUGAUGGCGAUACAGCAUGAAAGCGGGCCACUUAUACCACGUUGUCCGUUAUGUCGUUCCGCCUAUGUGAAGGCGGAUUAUUAA